AUGUUGUUCACUUCAGUCCUCCGGGCUCUCCCCGCUGCCCUCUUGCUCUCCGGCUCCCAAGCUACACCCCUUGAGGGCCGCCAGACUACCAUCGAUGCUUUCAUCAAGUCCCAGUCGACAGUCUCGAUCAAUGGCGUGCUUGCCAACAUUGGUGGAGGCGGUAGCAAAGCACCUGGUGUUCCGGUUGGUAUCGUAGUCGCGAGCCCCUCGCGGACCAACCCUGACUACUGGUACACUUGGACACGUGACGCCGCCCUCACUUACAAGGCGCUCGUCGAACGCUUCAUUGCUGGCGACACAUCACUUCGUCAGAAGCUUGAUGAUUACGUCUCGGCUCAGGCCUACCUCCAGGGUGUCUCCAAUCCGUCUGGAGGCCCAGACUCAGGCGGUCUUGGCGAACCCAAGUUCAACGUAGACCGCACCGCAUUCACUGGUGCUUGGGGACGUCCCCAGCGUGACGGACCACCUCUGCGUGCCACAGCACUUACCAUCUACGCGAACUGGCUGAUCGACAACGGCGGAAGGACACAGGCUCUCAACACCGUCUGGCCGGUCAUCGCAAAGGACCUUGCUUACACUGUCCGCUACUGGAACCAGACCGGGUUUGAUCUUUGGGAGGAGGUCAAUGGUUCUUCGUACUUCACCCUUGCUGCGUCUCACCGCGCGCUCGUCGAAGGUGCAGCCCUGGCCACCAGGCUGGGACAAACCUGCAGUGGCUGUGCAGCUGCCGCACCCCAGGUACUCUGCUUUGCUCAGAGCUUCUGGACUGGUAGCUACAUCGACUCUAACAUCAACGUAAACGACGGUCGCACUGGAAAGGACGCAAAUUCUAUCCUCUCUUCCAUCCACACAUUCGACCCCAAUGCCAAGUGCACCGACGCCACUUUCCAACCCUGCUCCGCCCGAGCCCUUGCCAACCAUAAGUCUGUCACCGACUCCUUCCGUUCAGUAUACGCUAUCAACAGGGGCAUUGCUCAGGGCAGGGCCGUUGCUGUUGGAAGAUACUCUGAGGAUGUAUACUACAAUGGUAACCCGUGGUAUCUCACUACUCUUGCGGCAGCUGAGCAGUUAUACUCUGCCCUAUACCAGUGGGAUAAGCAAGCUUCCAUCACCGUCAACUCGGUCUCGCUCGGUUUCUUCAGGGACCUUGUGCCUUCAAUUGCUGCUGGUACAUACGCCAAGGGCUCGGCGACUUACACAACAAUCACGUCUGCCGUCAAGACUUACGCCGAUGGCUACAUCGCCAUCGUUCAGAAAUACACACCCUCCAACGGCGGUCUCGCCGAGCAGUUCGACAAGAACAAUGGCGCUCCUCUGUCAGCAGUUGACCUUACCUGGUCCUACGCCGCCUUUCUCACCGCUGUCGAGCGCCGUGCUGGCGUCGUCAGCCCGACUUGGGGCGAGCCUUCCAACAAUGUGCCCCCUACGUCUUGCACUGGUACACCCGCCUGUAACGCGAAGGUCACAUUCAACGUCCGUGCAACUACCACUUUCGGUGAUAACAUCUUCGUCACUGGUCAGCUCACUGAGCUCGGUAACUGGAGCCCGAACAGCGCGAGAGCACUCAGUGCUAGCAAGUACACCAGCAGCGAUCCACUCUGGACUGCUGAUAUCGACCUGCCUGCCUCGACAGUGUUCGAGUACAAGUAUAUCCGCAAGACGUCAGCCGGUGCAGUGGUGUGGGAGAGCGAUCCGAACAGGAGGUUUACCACUUCGGCUGGAUGUGGUAGCAGCAUCACAGUCAGCGAUACCUGGAGGUAA